ACAUUUCUGUUCCACAAGCACACAAUAUUACAACUUAUCCAUCAUCCAUGUAUAACAGAUAAAGUGAUAAAACAUUCAUUCCACUCCAAGUAAGAAAUUCAGCCACUGCAGUAAUGGCUUUAGCCAUUUCCUCCACUUCAUUAUCAAGUUUUCCAAACAGAGAAAUAUGUCAAAAGGUUUUACACCAAGGAACAACAUCAACAACCUCAUGGUUAAGCAGCAGCAGAAGAAGAAGACUUACAAUUAGAAAUGCAAAGAAAGGAGUGUCAGAUGUAUGUGAACCACUUCCUCCAGAUAGGCCAUUAUGGUUCCCUGGUAGUUCACCUCCUGAAUGGCUUGAUGGCAGUCUUCCUGGUGAUUUUGGUUUUGACCCUCUUGGAUUAGGGUCAGAUCCAGAGUUACUAAAAUGGUUAGCACAAGCAGAACUAAUGCAUGCAAGAUGGGCAAUGUUAGGAGUAUCAGGAAUUUUAAUUCCAGAAAUACUUGAAAAAAUUGGUUAUGUCAAAAACUUCUCAUGGUACAAUGCAGGUUCAGUAGAAUAUUUUGCAGACCCAACAACACUCUUCAUUGUUCAACUAGCCCUAAUGGGCUGGGUUGAAGGUCGAAGAUGGGCCGAUAUCGUUAACCCGGGUAGUGUUGAUAUUGAGCCUAAGUUACCAAAUAGGCCAAACCCAAAACCAGAUGUUGGUUACCCUGGUGGGCUAUGGUUUGAUCCUAUGCAGUGGGGAAGAGGGUCACCUGAGCCUGUUAUGGUAUUGAGGACUAAGGAGAUUAAGAAUGGGAGACUUGCUAUGCUUGCUUUUCUAGGGUUUUGUUUUCAAGCUGUUUAUGUUGGGGGUAGUCCUAUUGAUAAUUUGAUGGCUCAUCUUGCUGAUCCGGGUCAUGUCAACAUUUUCUCGGCUUUCACUUCAGGAUAGUGCUAUAUGGUUUGGAGAAGCAUAUCAGAAUGAUCCUGCAUAAUGCUGUGGUAGAAACAUCCAUUAUUUACAUGUAAUGUGUUUCAUAAUCCGAGUUUUACAAUUGAGACAAGAUUUUAUUCUUUUAAACUAAAUGAAAAUAGUAUUGUUUUCUGCUUUCCCUGUAAUUUGUAAUUAGGAAAGUUUGAAGCUUCUUGUAUUAUAUGAAACUGGAUCUUUUCCUUUGCAUUAGUUAAA